AUAAGUGGAAGGGAAUUGACAGUUUAGGGAAUCGUUUGUAGGUCGAAAUCGAUUAGAAUUGGGGAGUUCUGGUCUACUGGUCACAAUCAAAAACGGAAAACAUUUAAACAACACAGCUAAAGUCGCUGUUGAUAUAAACAUAAUGCAUGAUUUAAAGUUCCUUCAGUAAUAAGAUAAUGGAAAGACCAAGAGGCAGAAAGAACUGACAGAAAGUCCUCUACAGAUUUAAAUAUCUGAUUUUGAAUAAGCGAAAUAUCUAAGAUCCCUUGAUAUGUUGGGACAGUGUGUAUUGACAAUUGGAUAGUCACCCAACUUGAAGACAGGUUUUGGACAGGGUGUCAUGAGCUCAUAAUGCCUUCACCGAUUGAUUAUUGGGGACAGGAAAAAUGACAGCGAUGCAGUAAUGACACAGGUUUCUCCUAUUAAUGGUGACUUUCCGCCAUCUUAUAAUGACGUGGCUGGGCGUUCAAGUACCCCGAGUAACACACUUCAGACCGCAGGAAUCGGAGGAGUGUGGUUUACCCAGAACAGAUCCGCGCCUUUGAAUCCACCACCAUACACAGAUACACUCCCAGGAUACGAUGAUAGUUUUAUAAGUCCGCGAGACCUUCCGAAGUAUUAUAGAUCAUAUGAUCAAGCCCAUCAACGCACACGGAGACAUAGAGGUAUUUCAACGGUUCGCACCAGGACUGCCAACAGUAAGACGAUCAUCAUUAUCUUUUGUGUUCUGACGAUUUCCCUUCUUAUAGGACUAAUUAUAGGACUCAGCUUUAUGUUAGCAGAGCGAACAUAGCAAAACCUGUUAAUGUCUGAUGAUAUCGUUAGGUAGUAGAAUUUCUUGUCUGAGAUUCUUCCUGUAUGUUGAUCAAAUUCUAAUAGAUUAUGUUAUGUGAUUUGGAGAAUAACUGAUCUGAAAAUGAAUGCAGUGGAACUGUUGAUGAUUUGGAAUAAUGAAUUAUAUAUGACUUCCAUUUAUUCCCGAGUGAAUCAAUGUCAAUUUUUUCUCCUGCAGACAAAGCAUUGCGGCAUGCAUUUUUACAUACUUAGUUUUCUGAAAGAUGUAAGUUUUGCAUUUUUCAUCAAAGAGGAAACUGUGAAACAAUGUGUUAAUUAAGCUUUGAGAAUAUUGUGGGUUAUGGUUUGAUUUUCUGUAAAGAAAAAUAAUCAAUUAUCUUAUCAAGUAUGCUGAAUAUGUAUGUUUUGAGUUUAAGUUCUAAUAAUGUUUGCUAGGUUUUUUGGUAGGUUUUAGAUGGUAACAAAUUCUUUGAUAGGAAUAACAGGUAUCAAAGAAGAGGUAAUUGAAUUUGUUGCAAUAUUUUUGCACUUUAAUUGACUGUUUAAACUUUGAUUUUAAGUUUGUACAACUAACUACUUAUUAUCAUUUACUAUUUAUGAAUUGUUUCAUCAGAAUAAGCUACCAGCAACAAAAGGCUAUUUAUUAAUUCGUCGAGGUAUUGAAUUAUAUUUUGCAAUGUGCAUGGUUUUAUGUUGUUUGAAACGUCUGUGAUAUCAAAUCUGUGAUAUGUACAUUAUCUCAUUUACUUAAUUUUUUUGCAAUAUGAAUAUUUUUGUUGUAAAAGAAAAUGUGGACAAGUAUUUAA